AUCAAAAUGCCAACAUAAAUCGAAAUCGGAGAAGAGAAAACCGGCUCUCUCUUUUCAAAUGCGUAAAUAGAAACCCUAAUUUACUACUUGAUCAUUCGCCAAAUCUCUCAAUUGUAAGACCUUAAUUCCUCAUUCCCAAAAGAAUAUCUAGCCUUGGAAUUUUUCAAUUAGGAUCCUUAUCUCAGAGAUGAAACGAUUUCUCAUAUUUCUCCUGUUCUUUAUGCUGAUAGUAUUUCCGUUGAUAAGGGAUAUCUCGAGCACAUCGAUCUCCCAGACUUCCAUUCCCGAUGAGAGCAGCCAGAUUUCCAAGCUAUACAAAUCUUUUUUGCCCCCAAAACCUAAACAAGAUGUAGCAUUAGUUGCCGCAUUGGAUGGAACUGUAUACUUCGUCGACACUAACUCAAGGAAAAUUCGCUGGUCUUUUUCAUCUGGGCAGCCGAUUUAUUCUUCUUAUCAGGCUACUGUUAACAAUGACGAUGAUACGCGUAAUGCCUCUGAACUGAGUGAUGACUUAUAUUAUAUAGAUUGUGGGGAUGAUUGGGAACUCUAUGUGCAUAGCAAGCGCUUUGGCAAAUUGCAAAAACCCCCACUGAGUGCUGAAGAAUAUAUUAAAAUGACACCACACAUAUCAGAGGAUGGAGAAAUUACACUGGGAUUUAAAAAGACGACUGCAUUUCUGGUUGAUGCUAAGACUGGACAAGUGGUUCGUACUUAUGGGUUGGAUAAUUCUUCUUCCAUAUCAAAGGCUCAGGCUACUGAAGAAAAUGCUCUUCUGUUGGCAAAAGAUGCUCAAUUGAUAGAAUCUAUUGCUGCUGACUUGGGAACAGCUAAGCAUCUGAUUUACAUCACAAGGACAGAUUAUGUGCUGCAACACUAUUCUCCAAACUCCACUGAAAUUUUAUGGAACUUGGCAUUUGCUGAUAUUGAGGCUGAAUUUCGCUGUCAAGGGUUUAGAAGUUCCUUAGAUGGAGCUUCGCCAAGUGUAGAUGAGGAAGUAGAUGAUAUUCAAUUUCCUUGUCAGAUGAAGACUGCUGUCCUUCGAAUUCGUGAUUAUAGCUUGUUAGAAUUUGAUAAACUAGCAGUUGCUUGGCUUGGAGGUGAAGCUCGUUUUCUGCCUGCCCCAAUUCACAGUCCUUCCUUAGGACCUGUUCGUGGGUUUCCACUGGCUCUCCCAACUAAUGAAGACAGACUUAUGCUUGCUUUGCCUGCAUCUGAGGCCAAAAAACCUGGGAAUUUCGGUAUGCUUAGUGGAGAUGCUGAUAUAAUCAACAGCACAAGUUUAUCUUCUGAAAUUAUGGCAAAAUAUCAUAUGUGGCCUUUUAUUGCUGCCUUUUUGUCCAUUAUCAGUUCCGUUUUUUAUAAUUAUUUAACAUUUAGAAAGCAGAGUAGGCUGAGCAAGUCAGUUGAGGAUCUUAAAUCGCAUUCUGGGAGUGGAAUGCCCAAAAAGAAGAAAAGUAAGAGAUCAGGAAACAAUAGGAACAGUCCCAAUGAUGAGAGAAGGGAGAAAUAUCUUCCUCGUGAGAAUAAAGCUGGAAACAGCACUGGAGGUUCACUCAUGGAAGAGAAUUGCGGGCGCAGGAUUGGUAAGUUACUUGUUUCUAACAAAGAAAUUGCUAAGGGGAGUAAUGGUACAGUUGUGCUUGAGGGAAUUUAUGAUGGUCGUGCUGUAGCUGUUAAACGGCUCGUGCAGACUCAUCACGAUGUGGCUUUGAAAGAGAUUGAGAACCUUAUUGCUUCUGAUCAACAUCCAAACAUUGUUAGAUGGUAUGGAGUGGAGUAUGACCAAGAUUUUGUAUAUCUUGCUUUGGAGCGUUGCACUUGCAGCUUAAAUGACUUCAUUUAUGUGUAUUCUGAAUCUUUUCAAAGUCAAAUGCUUUCCAAGGAUGCAGAUUCCAACCGCCUGCCUGAGUUUACUAUUCAAUUACAUUCAAUGUUGGAACAUAGCAGAAAUGUUGAAUUGUGGAAGGCAAAUGGACAUCCUUCUAUUCAUUUAUUAAAAUUGAUGAGGGAUGUGGUUUCUGGUCUUGCUCAUCUGCAUGAACUUGGAAUUAUACAUCGGGACUUAAAGCCUCAAAAUGUUUUGAUAAUCAAUGAUAAAUCUUUUUGUGCAAAGCUUUCUGAUAUGGGCAUUAGCAAGCGCCUUGUUGGAGACAUGUCUUCCUUGACCCAACACCCGACUGGUUAUGGGAGUUCAGGCUGGCAAGCGCCCGAACAACUACUCCACGGACGCCAAACACGUGCAGUAGAUUUAUUUAGUUUAGGCUGUGUUCUAUUUUUCUGUGUCACAGGAGGAAAGCACCCUUUUGGCGACAAUAUUGAACGUGAUGUAAAUAUUGUGAAUGACAGGAAAGACCUGUUCUUGGUGGAGAAUAUAUCAGAAGCUGUGGAUCUUUUUUCUCGCCUCUUGGAUCCUAAGCCAGAUAACAGGCCAAAAGCUCAGGAGGUGCUGAGCCAUCCUUUUUUCUGGACAUCUGAGAGAAGACUCUUAUUUCUUCAGGAUUCUAGUGAUAGGGUUGAACUGGAAGAUAGGGAGAACGAAUCAGAACUCUUAGCUGCACUAGAAAGUGUCGGAACAGUGGCAUUAAAUGGGAAAUGGGACGAAAAGAUGGAAGCUGCAUUCAUCAACAACAUUGGCCACUACAGGCGUUAUAAGUAUGAUAGUGUCCGAGACUUGUUGCGGGUCAUACGCAACAAGUCACAUCACUACAGGGAACUUCCUCAAGAGAUCAAGGAAAUAUUAGGAUCUCAUCCAGAAGGAUUUGAGAACUACUUUUCAUGUCGAUUUCCAAAACUCUUGAUAGAGGUUUUCAAAGUUAUGUAUAGGUACUGCAAAGAGGAGGAAUUCUUCUGUAAAUACAUAGAGUGCAGUGUAAUCUAGAGAACCCCCACCCCCAUCUGUUCUUUUCCUUGCAUAGGUUUGAGUAAUUAUGAACAGAAAUUAUACUAUGUUGUAACAGAAAUUGUAUCAUGUAACCAUUCAACCUGUCGCACAUAUCAAUAAUUUACCUAAAUUACUUUCUUGUGACAA